UCGAGCUGUCAAAAAUUGUCAAUACCUAACUCUUCAGUCAUCACCAUGUACUCUCGCUGUUUUUAGAAAUAAUUUUGUAGAAUAAUAAAACGUGUGUGUCUUUGUGACAAAGUGUAUGGCUAUUUGGUGUUAAACCAGCCGGGACUUUAGUGUUCUUGAUGGUUUCCGGUGACGAUUUCAAUGGUGGUCGUUUACCGCGUAAAACUACUAGGUCCCCGAACCGAAAAUCCAAGAAGUCUGAUGCAGACAUAGCGAAGAGUUCUGCGUUGCGAAAUGACUCGCAACCCUCUGUCCAUAAGAGAAAUCUUUAUGUGGUUUCGUUCCCGAUAAUUAUACUAUUUAAUUUACUAAGGUCUAUUCUGUACCAGUUGUUUAUAAUUUUCAAAUAUUUGUAUUCGGCGUCGCACCGCUUCAUUCAUAAGCCUCGUAAGAACGGUGAAUGUAACUUGGAGGUGGUUGUGAAAGACGGUGUGGUGUCCACGGAGAUCGCCCACAGUGAGGAUAUGUCGUACGGGAACAACGUGGGUCCAGGGGACCCGCUCCUGGCCAAACAGAAGCAUCACCAUCGAAAAGCUUUCGAGUAUAUCUCAAAAGCGCUCAAGAUAGACGAAGAGAACGAAGGCCAAAAAGAGUUAGCUAUAGAAUUAUACAAGAAAGGUAUCUAUGAAUUGGAGCGAGGCAUCGCCGUGGACUGCUGGGGGGGCCGCGGAGACGCCUGGCAGAGGGCACAGAGGCUACACGAUAAGAUGAAAACCAACCUUGGCAUGGCUAAGGAUCGCUUACACUUCCUCGCAAACCUAGUCGCGCUCAGUAAAUUGGGCGUAGAGAGUGAGACCGAACGGAGUGACAAAAAGCCUACGGAGUCUCCUCUUAAGGCGCGCAGGCCAUUAGAGAAGUCCAAGACAACGCUACUUGCGCACACAGAAAGUAACAGUGGUCAAACGAAGCCACAGAACGAAGUCGCAGGUCGAAAGUUGACCACAGCCGGGCGCAGGGUGCCCAGCGGUGGAGGGCCGCUGAUGAAGUCGCAGACCCUGCCGCGGUCCAUGGGCAGGUCCUCGUCACAGCCCAACAGUUCCAACGGCAACUACAAUAGGUACCCCGUGAAGCCCGCCUCUACGCCACCUGCUGUUAAAAGACAGUUAUCUAGCGCAUACCAGGUGCCGGUGAACGGCUCGCCGGUGCGAAGAGUCGUUGGAGGGGGCUCCCAGAGAGGGACGCCCACCAGAAGUAGAACCCCGCAGCCGACGCUCACAGUGCGCGGCGUGGACCCCAAGCUGGUUCAACUUAUACUGGACGAGAUUGUUGAGGGUGGUCCGAAAGUGCAUUGGGACGAUAUUGCUGGACAGGAGGCAGCCAAGCAAGCUUUACAAGAGAUGGUGGUGUUGCCAUCAUUAAGGCCGGAGCUCUUUACGGGACUGAGAUCACCAGCUAAAGGGUUACUGCUCUUCGGACCUCCAGGGAACGGCAAGACGUUAUUGGCGCGGUGCGUGGCGGCUGAGUGUUCUGCGACGUUCUUCUCAAUAUCAGCCGCAACUUUGACCAGCAAGUACGUGGGGGACGGAGAGAAGAUGGUGCGAGCUCUGUUCCAAGUCGCCAGGGAGCUGCAGCCGUCAAUAAUAUUCGUGGACGAAGUAGACUCGCUUCUCUGCGAGCGUUCGUCGGGCGAGCACGAGGCGUCGCGGCGGCUGAAGACGGAGUUCCUGGUGGAGUUCGACGGGCUGCCGGCCGCCGGCGCCGACAGGCUCAUCGUGAUGGCGGCCACCAAUAGACCGCAGGAGCUGGACGAGGCUGCACUGAGGCGGUUUCCAAAGAGGGUUUACGUGUCGUUGCCCGACGCGCGGACGCGCGGUGCGUUGUUACGACGCGUGCUGGCGCGCGGUGCGGCGGCGGCGGCGCUCAGUGACGACGAGCUGGCGAGGCUCGGCGCGCUGACCGACGGCUACUCUGGCAGCGACCUCACCGCGCUGUGCCGGGACGCUGCUCUCGGCCCGAUUAGAGAAUUAGACCCUGAGGAAGUCAAAUGCUUAGAUCUGUCACUGGUACGAAGCAUCACCUUCCAAGACUUUAUGGAUGCGCUGAAGAGGAUCCGGCCGUCCGUCUCCCCACACAGUCUCGUCGCCUACGAGAAGUGGUCUGUGCAGUACGGCGAACUAGGAGUUUGAACUUUGAUAUACAGGUACUGGCUAAUAAUAAGGUUGAGGUGAGUCAAUAAAUUUAAGGAAUGCGUCGAUAUCGCGAGUGAAUCGUUUGAAGUUUAUAUUGUAAUGAACUUAUUCCAGAAAUUUUUGUAUAUCGCUCAAAUUUUAGGAAUCUCCAAAUGUUUUCCCUUUCUAAAAUUCCAGCGUGUUAUCCUAUAACCGAGAAUGGUGUGUUUUAAGUUUAUUAGUAUUAUAGUUUUGUAUUUGUUGUAAUUAUAUCGUAGUAAUCGGAGUAUUUAAAACUCGUCUAGUCAAACAACCAGGUUUUGACUGUAGUUGCCAAGCAUUUCGCCACAGUUCACAGCCAUAGUACGUCGUAGUAGACAAAAAAUAUCGAAAUAGGUAAUAGAUCUCGUAUAAAGUGCCCAAUGUGCGGUUAACGUGUAAUCCGGCUCAAUUGAGAAGUAGCUUUCGAUGUUUCUAGAUGUAAGAAAUGGCUUUUGCACACCAGACUUCUUCAUUGAGUCGGUUUACAGUAACCGAAAACCCGUCCAGUCAAAAGGAUCCCAAUGAAAAAAGGAGAAUUGUACAUACGACUUCGAUACGUUGUUGGGUGGUUAUAUAAUAUGGAGACUCGAUUGACUGAUCUCGGAAAGUAAUAUGAUAUUCGAACAUCCGGAUAAUUAAAGGCAAGGACUAAAGUUCUUUUAUUGUUGACUUUAGUUAUGUUUAUUUUAAUAUUCCGCGAAAAACCGACGAAUCUAAACGGACUCUACAAUAUCUUUACAACAUUUAGGUCCGGGCUAUUUCUAAUAAGUGUUGGAUAGAUUAUUCACAAAUUUUGUCAUACCUAAAGUAAGAUAAUGACAAAACACAUAUAGACACUUCAUAAUAUUCAUUCUUAUCAGAAAGUGGUGGUCCUUAGUUGUAGUAAAAAAAUCCUGCAAAUACCUUUUUGGAGUGGAGUUUGGAUUUUAUGUCGGUUAUUUAUUCUGAGAGAUUUAAAGAAAUUAUUACUCAUCGUCAAAAAUACAAUACCUUUUUUUUUCUUUUUUUUGCCGUCGCGUGUUUAUCUCUUCUUAUGUUCAGUCGGGAUAUCAAAUUUUUGACCAGAAAAUGGUCCGGAAAAUUAAGUCUCCAUUAUUAUAAAUACCACUUUACAUGAGUUAUGAGUCGUCAAAUUAUAUGUCCUCAAAUUCCAAGUAUCACACAUGUUUUAUAUAAUAAUCCUAAACCCUUUUGGCUUGAUUGUGUUUCCCCAGAUAUAUCUGCAUUUACAUUGCCCACAAUAUUCGGUAGUAUUCGUUAGAGAAUUAGCAAUCUACUUCAAUGGAAAUGCCAAUUUAUGUUAACUUUUAUGUAUUAUUAUUAUAUAUUUAUAAUAAAAUGAUAUUAUUCAUGUAAAUGAAUACAAUGAAUUUAAAUAACAUUUUUUUUAAUUUUAUUAAAUAAGUUUGUUCAAAAAAUUUUCAUUUGUAUAAUUUGCAUUUCCAUCGAUUAUACAUUAUAUUUUAAUUUACAAUUAUUAUUAGUAUUAUAUGAAUUAAAUACAACAUUGAUUUAGUGAAUGAAAUAAAUGGAAAAUUAAAUUUAAAGGUAAGUCCGUAAAGUCACCAUAAGAAUUAGGUUAUAAAACAGAAUGAUGUCAUGAUUUUUUGAAUAAUAAGUAUUACGUAAUGCAUUUAGAGUCGAACUGCUUAGCUAAAUCGUCUCUCGCGCAGUACGGGGUUGCGGGAGUACCAUGGUAGCGGUGAACGAGUGAGGAGCGGGCGCCAGGAGCAUUCGUCAUUCAUCCAUUCGAUAGGGGAGCGAAUGGGAUAGCAGUACAAUUCUUCAUUCAUUCAUUCAUUCAAUAGGGGAGCGAAUGGGAUAGCAGUACCAUUCUUCAUUCAUUCAAUGGGGGAGCGAAUGGGAUAGCAGUACCGUUCUUCAUUCAUCCAUCCAAUAGGGGAGCGAAUGUAAUUACAGUACCAUUCUUCAUUCAUUCAUUCAUUCAAUUGGGGAGCGAAUGUUAUAGCAGUACCAUUCUACAUUCAUUCAAUGGGGGAGCGAAUGUUAUAGCAGUACCAUUCAUUCAAUAGGAGCAGCAGUACCAUUCUUCAUUCAAUUAUUUCAAUAGGGGAGCGAAUGAGUUGGAAACAGUACCAUUCUUCAUUUAUUCAUUAUUUUACAGUAGCGCGUGUUGUCGCCCGCACCUCUCUCGUUCCUUUUGUCGUCACGCACACCUAUACUGCGAAGACGAGGACUCAGCUAUGUAAUUUGCCUGUUAUCAUAUUUUUAUGAAUUAUAAUUAUAAUUUUCCGUCACAAAUUAUUUUGUGUUAUUAUGGGCUUGCCUUUUGUUCUUAACAAGCGAACAAACAAUGAAAACUGUGUACAAAUUAUUUGUGUUAACCGUUUUGUAUGUACCUCAUUUUGUAUAUUUGGAUGUAAGGAAAUGUAUGAAUAUGUUGCAAUUGAAUGUAGCUUAAUGAAAUUUACAAUUAUUAUAAUAAGUUUGUUUUAUUAGUUGCCGACAAUCCACGUAGCUUGAUAUCUGAUGGGAUAAAGAUAAUUUUAGCUGCACAUUUCACUUGCCUUAUAAUUAAUAAUGAAAAAGUCUUAAUACGCGCAAACUUUUAUAUUAAUAAAACCAUUUACUGGUAAGAACAGAUUUUACGUAAUUUUUAGAUUCUCCUACGAUCUUUGCUUUUCGCUUAUAUCAUGUACUAUUACUACCAAAGAAUUUAUUCAACGUUUUCUAAAGACCAAAGAUUCGUGAGGUCUUUCAGUAGGAUUUUGUAUUCCCGUAAAUGUAUUAUGUCACAAGUAUUGGAUUGUCGGCGUUUAGAGUAUUCGACGUAGAUAAAAUAAUACGUAGUGCCUAGAUAAAUCUUGAUUUUAAUCCAAAGGUAAUAAAAAGGCCAAGUAUUCACGAACAUUUGAAUUACUGAGAGGUUGAUAAUGCCAUCAUCUCUUAUUAAUCAAAUUGGUUUUAAGAACAAAAGUUUUUUUUUUAAAUAAAAAGGGUGAUUUGGAAGAACAACCAAUGUAAACAAAAUGUGAUUUUCGUGUCUAUGGUUUCAUUAUAAUGAUGUCUAUCAAACGUAAAUGACACUUUUUCGUAAAAGCGUCUUAGUCAAGCGGUAUCAGUAGUUAAACUUUCUUUGAUAUAUGGAUAAACAACCAAGGUAAACAUGGUUUUUUGCUUGUAGUAUAAAAUUUACCAGAACUGACAGUGGCUGUUUUUCCAAAUAACCCUUUGUCUUCAUUUAUACAUGUAUUUUCAGAUGUAGUGACUAGUUAUAUGUUAUUAAAAUAAAAUUCAACCCUUUCUAAUAAUAAACAUAAUUUAAGUUGAAUUUUCACGAGGCCUUUUUAUACAACCAAAUAGAUAUUUUAAAUCCAUUUUAAAUUUAUUGUUGUUAUUGAAAUUAUUCUAAUUAUGUUGAUUAUGUAAUAUGUUUUUUUUUUUUAUUCAAUUCUUGCCUUAAUUUUAUUGACAUUAAAUCCCAAUAUGAUCAUAAAAUAUUAUUGUGCUGCGUAUCUUAUGACGAGCCACAUAUAAAAGACAGUACUAACGGGUAGCUAGCUUCCGAAAUCGAAAAUAAUUUGCUCAAAACUGCGUAGUUUAAUGUAAAAAAAAAAAACUAUGCGAUUCGGGCACGAUGAUGAAGAAAUAUAUAUUUUCAUAGUUUGUUAUAAAAAUUGACUACUUAUAUCUUCGAUCUAAAUAAUAAUUAUAAUUAUGGAAUUAAUAUCGAUUACAGGACCAUGCAAUUAUUCGUAGGUUUGAUAUAAAGUGUGCCAUUAAACAUGCGGGGCAAAAGGUUUGUUUGAUUGGUCAUAGACUAAAGAACAACAAAUUGGUAUGAAUGAAGUUGUUUACAAAUGCAAUUGAAAAAAAGAAAUUCAGAUCUAAAAGUUGAGCUAUGAACCAUAGACAGUGAAAAAGGCAUGGCAGAUUUUUAAACCGUACAGUUUUUGUUAUUAUUGUUGUAAUAUCACCAAGAUGGUCUUUUCUUUAGUCUAUGCCAAUAUUUAUGCUAUGGAGCUAUGGAGAAUCAUGCCUUCUAAAUUUGCUCGCUUGUACUUUUAUUAAUACAAUUCGAGUACUUUGUAUUUUUAUUCUAUUCUUUUUUCCUUAUUCUUCAAAAAUACUGGUAUCAUUAAACUUGAUUGAUGUUUCUCCAAUAUUUAACAAAUUUUCUCCAUGGCUCCAUUUUCUGGGAAGGAGGACUAAAUAGUAACUACCCGCUUAAAGUGACCUUUAUAAAUGUUGUCAUUUGAAUUUACAAUAAAAAUUAUACACAUUGAUAAGUAUCGCAUUUUUAUCUCUUUAUAAUUAAUCAUUAAUAUUUGUAAUAUAACCUCUAAAAUUAUGACAAUGAUGUUCUGAUUAUUAUAAUAUAAUUUAGGUAAGUACCCCCAUAUCCAUAACCAUGGAUUAAGAUUCAUAGAGAAGUUUAAAGUUACUUCGAAGAAAUUUGACGUGUAAAUCAUAAUCCAUGUUUAUAAAUAAGGCCGAUAGAGUUUUGAUUAUGCAUAUAUUUAGUUUUAGCUUUAGAGGUCUAGCCAUUAGGUACUAUUUAGUCUUGCUUAGACUGUUUCGUAAAUUAGCCAAUAGUAAUCUUGUCAAAAAGUAGUUAACCAUUAUCUCCAUUACAUAAGUGUUUCUGAAAAGACAGCGACGUAGAUGAUCGCAUAGCAUUGUAUGUAGCUAUUAUAUUUUUACAGUAAUAUUCUUAAAAUAGAUAUCGUUUAGGAGGGCCUGUAUAGCCUGAUGUACCUUUUUUGACUGUCUCCUUGGUGCUGCGGUAUGAUUUACAAAACGGAAGUCCUGGUUUUCUUAAAUGGACCCGGUCUGGCUGGCGGGAGGCUUAGGCCCUUGAUAGUUACCACCCUACCGGUUAAAACGUAGCGCUAAGUGAUUUAGUGUUCCGGUACGAUGUCGUGUAGAAACCGAAAUGGGUGUGGAUUUUCAUCCUACUACCAAGUUAGUCCGCGUUCAUCUAAGAUUGCAUCAUCACUUGCAUCAGGUACAUUACCUAUGCCAGAAACACUGUACUUUUGGCAUUUCUAAAUUGAGGAACUGGACUAUCGCAGGUUCUUAGUCCAAUUAGUUCUUGUGGCAUAUUUAAUAAAGCAGCCUAACAAAAAAUGUAAUGAAAUUGUCGUUUUAGAGUCAGUUCGAUGUUGCCACAAGAAAUUAUACUUAUAAAGCCCUAGACCUAAUAAUAUAGUAAGAGUCUGUCACAGUAGUCGAAUGUAGUGGCUUUUAACUUUAACUAUAAUUUAAAUAGUGUUACUUUGCCAAAAGUUUUAUACAAUUUUCCGGAAAGCCUUCAUAUUUUUUUUCGUUGUAUAUUUUAUUUUUAUCUGUUAGAUUUCGAACAAUUAAUUAAGUAUUUGUUAGAUAUUACAAAAUUUCAAAAUUUAUUAUUAAAAAUUGUGUCGCGAGGUUUGUAACUCGUUCGAAAAUAUGUUAUUGUUUGUUUGUAUAUAAUAUUGUUUUCAAUUUGGCGAUUUUAAUGCGUGCAGUACAAUGAUUUUAUACUAUUAGAUACGUUACCAGUACGUGCCAACAAAAUCACUGCAAAAAGUGUUCCAAACUCAGCUACUUCACUAGGCGCACACAGCGUGCAUAAGGUUUUUAACUAGGGUAUGGACUAUAAGUAAAAAUUGGAAAAACCCUUGUCCAACUAUGUAUUCUGUGGUCCAACAUAGGUUUGUAGUGAGUCCUUAGGAUAGGCAGUGCUUUUUUGCAUUUAUAAAGUGCACACCACUGGGCGCACACAUGCACAAUUUUUAUGUUUAACUUACAUUAUAUAUUUAUGUAUAUAUAGUUUUUACACUUCCUGGACACAAAACUCGCCAUUGUAGACAAUAUUUAGGUGGGUGCUCAAAUAACUUUCGUUGUUUACUAUGCGACUAAAUUAAAUUAAACCAAUUGUGUGACUCUGUUCGCCUCAGUUUUCGACGCGCUAGUGCCAUAUCUAAUAGUAUAAAAUCAUUGAUGUAGUACCUAUAUGCAUGAUUAUUUAAAAUCGCCAAUGUUUUUUUUUUUUUUUUGUAAAGACUAUUGACGUCAAAAUAAUUUAUUGGCUCUAUAAAUUGUUAUUGAUGUAAAAUUGCGCUAUUUUUUUUAUCGCAGUAUAUUUUGCGUUGGUAACCAUCAACUUUUGAUAUGGUAUCUAUUAUUCCCUAAAGUUUUCUUUCUUUACACAUUUGAUGCGCCUUUAAUGUCUCAAACUUAUCUGGCCUGCAGGCUAAUUCACUAACUUUGACGUAUGUUAGUUGACAUACCUAUACGAAAUUGAGAUUCUAUGUUACAAAUAUCAUCCGAUGCUUACUGACAGCCCUUACGUGGAUAUCAAACAGUAGAUAGAUGACAUUUCUUAGUUGCUUUGAUGUUUAUUUUAAUAGGUUGUUAUUAAAGACCAAAUUAGUGAAUAGGCCUGGUGAGGGUGUCCCUGUAGUUGCGAUUUCAGUAUAAUGUUUUUCAAAAUGGCGACCGCCACGAUGUUAAUACUUAACUCAUUGUGUUAGUUACAGUACAUUGUGGUAUUUAUUUACAUUAUAUAAAUUACUUUUGUUGUUUAUAUGCGGCUAAAUGAAAUUAAGACAAUUAGCCACUUUACCUACACUUUACCUCAGUUUCGACGUGUAUAAAAUCUUUGUCCAGGUCAGAUAUGUUGGCACUAUAAUCUACACUACAGAAUGGCACAAGGGUGACCGUGCAAAGUUUUUUCGAAGUUGUGAUCUUAACAUUUAAAAAAAUCGGUUGUGUUUUUUUUUUAUAUUUGUGGGCUGUAUUUUUAAAACUGUAUGUUUGUUACUGUGUUUUAUAGUAAAUUUCAUGUACUGUGUAUUUGUAAUUUUUAAAUUGUAAUUUUGAAUUUUUUUUAUUGAUAUGUAAUCACGUCAUAAAACUAAAAAGUACCUAACAUGUAAAUAAAUGCAAUUAUCGGAUAUUACAGUGAAUAAAUUUCUCAUGAUUUCUUACAUACCUACUGCUUUUAAAAUUGAUUGAAAAUGAAACAAUAAAAAAUCGUUUUUUUUUUUAUUUUAUUAUUUUUACAUCCCAUUAUUUGUUACGUUAUUUAUUUCAAAACAACAAAAAUAAUAAAAAAUAUUGUAUUUAUUAAAAAACUGCUAAGUUCGUAGACUACGAGAAGUGAUACACGUCCUAGUGAGUGCAUAGACGUAAUAAAAAGUCCAGACACCGUCUCCUGAACUAAAAAGUGACGCACCUGAAUUCUGCCUGUUCGAAUAUACUUACGUACACGCCAAGACGCACACUGAUGCACAUUCGAAAACAGAUCACCAUUAAUUUCCUAUUGUGACGUGGCAGGUAGCAACGUCAGUAAUUGGACCAUUUUGUGGCAGAGGAAACACCUCGAGCAGGUCCCAGGACAUGUGACCUUGAGAGUAGGUUUAAAGGAUCCUUUUAGAAUGCAGUAACACUCACCUUCCCUGUCCGAUAUGAUCUCCAUGCCUACACUAAUUUUAUGAUAAACAAUAAUUCCAACACAAAGCCUUAUCAAUAAUUACAACACAAAACAUUGCGCAAAAUCACUAACGCGACUGGCAGCGUGACGGUGUCUAUGCUGCCUAACAAACAACUGAGCUCAAGUCAUCAAAUAAGCUCUUAUUUUAUACAGUACAGUGAUACCUCUACAAUAGCAUCGAGGAACUUGUAACACUAUAUCGGACAAUACACACACACAUAUAUACGCUGCGCCAUUAUGGUGUUUGACAGGGAGAUACCGUCUGCCUAUUUUAUUAGUCUAUGUCUAUUAAAGUUACUGGCCAGACAUCUCAUUAAUUCUUUUAUCCAAAGGUCUGCCAGAUGAUGCUAUAAGCAACAAGACCGCCUUUGCACAUACCUUGUUUACUAUGUUUUCUUCUUUAUUCUUUGUUUUUCUUUUGUGCAGUAAAGUACUUAUAUAUAAAUAAAUAAAUCUCUUUCGCAAAAAUUUAAACUAGCGAUUGAUCAAUGCAAUCCUUUCGGUUUUAAGGGAGGUUUUGGGAGGUAAAAUGUUGUGCAAAAUGGGUAACGACACAUAGUAUGGGUACGUUCCCUUUGCAUGUAUUUUAAACAAUGUUUGCAAUGUAAUUCGUACGCUUUAAUGUUUUAAAAUCCCAAGGUUUGGAAUUUGAGCUUUUCAAACUGACUGAUUGUUAAUAUUCUUAAUGAUGUUAUUCGCUUGGAAAAAGUUUUUUUUUUAAUAUAACGACUAAAUGUAAAAUAUAUAUAAUAAUAAAAAAUAUAGUCGUUUUGUAUUUGAAGUGUAACAAAGUCGUCGGCUACAAGUUUAGCUUGAUGUAAAUACUACUUUUUAUUUUAGUGGUAACUAUAGACUGUUAUGUUUUACUUUUGGUAUUUAAAGUGAUUGUUUUUUUUUCUUUACCAAUACGUAAUUGUAACAUACCAAUUGAAAAUAUCAAAAUCAACUUACUCUAUAAAAACCCGAUUAAUAUGUGCAAAAAAGUUACUUAUGCAUAAGGUAAUGUAUAAUUUUUAAAUGUAGGUACUUACCAGAAGUUCGUGUAAUGUGCCUAUUUUUAAUUUUUUAGAAAAAUUCUUUUAUUUUAUUUCAGUUCUUUAAUAAUAGUCACUGUGAUAAUAAUAAGCCGCUAAAAAUAAUCACUGAUCACAGUAUAAAACUGGUAUUUGCAUUGUAAUUUAUCCGAGGUACCUAUGCAAGUAAAGCUAAGGAUACAAUGUAAUACAGCGCAGCGCAGGACGCAGGUCUUACGCUUUGGUCUCUUGAUGAUGAUCGCUGCGUUGUGCGGUUCAAAUGCAACGUUUAUAAGUUGAUUUUGCCGAAGCUACCAGAGUAGACGUAUCUAUCAAAUUGUCUUCGAACAAGUCCAUUAUUAAAUCCGUGAUACAAACCGCCGCGAAUGAACGAGAAUGAUGUCGCGCAGUACGUAGAACCGCUCCCCACUCCAUCGCGCUUGCGGUUCGCCGCUGACGCUGACUGUGACGGAACAAAACAGAAACACCAUUCUAGACGUGUUUUAUGUGAUUAUGUGUCCGACACCGCAUGUCGCACAAUGUAGCGUUGUGCGUUACGAUCAAAAGACUAAAGAUAUAGGUCGACAUAGCGUCUCUAAAGACAUACCAGAUGAAGCGUAUGCUACUGUAGUUAACUCAGUUGGAAAAUAUACCUAACAAGACUUCUCUUAUAAAACACUUACUAGUAUAAAAGUAUGCACAUAAACGAUUUCUGUCGAUACUUUUACAAAACUCAAAGAAGUUGUGUACCUACUUAUACUAGGUACCUACACUAAAAUCUACAGAUCGCCUCUAAUUUUCAUUGCUUUUAUGUAACAUUUUUUAGUUGCUUACAGACUGUGGUUGACAUCAAUUAAAAUUAAAUUGCCGUAUACAAAAGCUACUCAGUACUGCGCUGCGCUGAACUGCUUCUGCGAAUGUCUACACUCAGCCUUACAAUUGUGACAUACAUGGUUGUUAUUCUUUGAUACACGCUCGCCUUUAAUUUGUACGCACGAAUUUACAGUUAUGAUUAAAUUUUUAAAAUAUAGUUAAGCGUCGUUGAGUGUUGAAAAAUGUGUAUUUUUUCAUAAUUUUUCAUAAACUAAGCACACUUUUACGCCUAAAAUGUCGUGGAUGUACACAACGCAUAUGUGAUACACGGUUUACCUAUGAAUAAAACAAUUCAUUUGUGA